CUGACUCUGCUGAGCCUCGGAAGAGCGACAUGACCUGGGCGUUUAGCUGGGCGCCCCUGCUCCUGUGUCUGCUGCCCUUGGUUUCAGGGAGACACUGCCUGGCCCCUCCUCAGAACGUGACACUGAUCUUUCAGAACUUCAGCGUGUAUCUGACGUGGCUUCCAGGGCUUGGCAAUCCCCAGAAUGUGACCUAUUCUGUGCACUAUGAGAGCUCUCCCAAAUAUGGACAGUGGCGAAGAGUGAAAAACUGCACACAAAUCAAAGAGCUGAAAUGUUCUCUGAUGUGUCUGGAAAAACUGGACCUGUUCAACAAAUUCAAGGCACGUGUUUUGGCAACUUCUCCCAACUCCAGGUCCCACUGGGUGGUGUCUAAGUCUCUGGAUUACCUUUUUGAUGUGGAGCCUGCACCACCUGUUCUGACAUUCACUCGGACAGAAGAGUUCCUGAGCAUCAAUGCCAUGUACCAACUGCCACAUUGCGCACCCCUGCAGAAUCUGAACUAUAGGGUGGCUUUCUGGAAGGAGGGAACUGUGAACCAGACCCUCUUCCCAGUCACUGCCCAAGACCAGACAGUCCAGAUCCCCCUCCCACAAGCCCCCAAUGGGAGAUACUGCCUCAGUGCCAGAACCAUCUACAUCUUCACUGCUGUCAAAUACAGCAAGUUCUCUCCACCUACCUGCUUCUCACUGGAGGCCCCAGGAACUAAUUGGGCAUAUCUGGUGCUGUUCCUGCUGCCGGUGCUAUUGGUGAUCACCAUAGGGUAUGUGAUGUGGAAGAGCCUCUCAGGGAACCCCUGGUAUCAGCCAGCAGAGCUGCCACAGGCCCUGGAUUUCUCUGGAUACAGAUACUCCAUGGCAACCUUGCAAAUCAGUGGCGCAGAGUCCAUGGAUAACUUGGUCCUUUGUCCCCCACAGAAGCUAAUCAGAAGGUUCAUGCUGACUCCUCAAGUCAGGACACUAGUCACUGUGCAUACAGGUACUGAGAAGGACAGUUCUGAGGAGGAGGAAGAGGACACUGAUGACAGAUUCAGUUUCUGUCUGUACACUGAACCACCUCCCUUUCUGGGAAAGGAACACCAGGUUCUGGGGCACUCAGAGGCAGGGGACCCCAGGAUUCCUCUGGUCUGGGUCAAAGAGGCCCCUGCUUGGUAUUCCUCAGGCCAAAGCUGGCCCAGCAGUGCUGACUCCUCCUCCUGGGAUGAGGCUGGGUCUUCUGGCUAUUUGGCCAAGAAGGGGAGAGGCCACAGGCAAGGUGUCGACCAGAUUCAGGAACCACUCCCUCUUCUAGAAGUCUCUGAGGACUCAGGUUCAGUGGUAAAAUUCUCCAAAGAUGACUUCUUGGUCCACUGGAGCUCCUUAUCACCAAGACAGAAUCUAGUCCCUGGGGAGCCCCAGAUUUCUCUUCAAACACUGACCAUCUGCUUAGACAGCGACCCUGAGGAGGACAACCAAGAAAAGGAAGAAUGGAGGGAGAGAGAAUCAGAAACUGAGGACAGUGGUGCUGGCAGCUGGGAGGCUGAGAGCUUCCUAGAAACUAAGGACAGGAGCCAGACCCUGGGACACUACAUGGCCAGGUGACACACACACACACACACACACACACACCCAUCCUAUCAAAUCUACUGCUACUAUGGCUGCAGAGCUUCUCAAGAACCCCUCAGGCCACCAAGACUUGUAAGCCUAGGGGUAUCAUCACCAUUAUACCAAGGCAGCAAAUGGUUCUUGCAGCUCUUGGGGGAACCCCACAGAGGCUAUCAGUCUGGGUGAGCAGUAAGAAAUAAGCUGGGCAUCAGAUCAUCCCACUACCACUAGAGCAAGAAACCAGGUUGAAGAAUCCUCCCAGGACCACAAGAAAGCCCUGAGGACUGGCCAGACUGGACACAGGCACUGAAAGACCAGCUGCUAUUCAGGGAGGGUGAAAAGUGGAGGGCAUCAACAUCAGAGUUUUAUGUCUUUCCCCUGGACUUGAAGAACUCUCUCUCCCACAAGUCCUAGCCAGGAUUCUAAAAAUACCCUCGGGUGAGGACAGAUUCAAUUGGUAGAGGGCUGUCAGCCUCCAAAUCGCAUUCUCAUAGGAUAUUUUUU